ACGAGAAUGUCGCCAGUUCACCUCAGUUCCAGACAUGGCAGCGUUGAGACAGGAGCAUCGGUAUGGACUCUCCUGUGGAAAGAUUAAUAAAAGCGUUCCCAACAAAACCAUCUUUCACGUCAAGCUAACAGACACUGCCAUCCGGACGCUAGAAGCCUACCAGAAUCUCAAGGGGUCCUUACCAAAUCAGCCGGCAAUUUGCUUCAAGGGGAACCAGGGGUAUGUGAAGAUUCCUGUUCCCUCUACGGAUUCUCCUGAUUCAUUUCGUGUCUUCUCAUUCUACCUGUCCAGUGACAGUAAAGACAAACCUCAGGCCAGCUUUGAUUGUAUUCACCAGUAUGUCUCUGGAGAUGGCAGUGAACAUCUGGAAGGUCAGGGCAGUAUUCAGGACAAAAUCACGGUGUGUGCUACUGACGAUUCCUACCAGAUGACCCGCGAGCGCAUGUCUCAAGUGGAAAAGGACAUCUGGAGUCGCUCAGCCAUUGAGAUCAAACCCGGCUCAACGCAUCCAAGUAAAUGUGUGAAGAUUAAAAAGAAACAGGGCCUGUCAUCAAGCUUUGACAACAGACAUUCACCCAGCAACAAAAGGAAUGGUGGCCCUAGCUUGGUGGCCCACAGGCCCUUGAAAGAACGUGUUAUUCACAUUCUGGCCUUAAAGCCCUACAGCAAACCUGAACUACUGCUCUGGCUGGAAAGAGAGAAAGCCAGUCCCAAGGACAAGGCCGACUUGAGCGCUGUGCUGGAGGAGGUGGCUAAACUCAAUCCCAAAGAUCACAGCUUUACUCUGAAGGAUGAUUUCUACAGACACGUGCGGAGGGAUUGGCCCGGCUAUGUGGAGGAAGAGCGGCAGCUCAUUCAAAGAGUGUUAGCAAGAAAACUCCAGCCUCUCAGCAGCAGCGGUAGCCAGUUGAAAAGCUUCCAGUCCAACCAUUCAUUCCACAAAACCUCAGAGGACUCUCCAUCCCAGCUCAGCCCUGUCAAGAAUCUCUCCAUGAAACGCCCAGUGCCUUCCGACCAUCCUGAAAGUCAGACGCCGAAAAAACAAAGAAUAUUAGACCAGAACAUGCCCUUGCAGUCUCCUUCCAAUGGACAUCUUAGCACCUCAACAGGCCGUAGCUCCUCUGCCCACGGACACGCAAGUUUGCAAAGCAAAACCGAGUUUGGGAGAGGUACCAAUAAUGCUCAGCAGAGCCCAAAUGCACUUUACCAGCGGCAUAAACUCUGCGAGUCUAACAGCGUCCCCAAACAAGAGCGAUCGGAAUCAGCACAGCAGUCACCCCCCAGCCCCAAACGCCCACAAAUCAGGACUGAAUCAGAAAUCUGCACUGACCAGCAGCUAGCUAACGGCCAGCACAAAAAGAAGAAGUCCAAGAAGCAUAAAGAAAAGGAAAGGGAACGUUUAAAACCGGAGUGGGUUGAGGCCAGCCCAGAUUUAAAGCAGAACCAAGAAAAUAUUAAUGAGCACCAGAGGCCCAACACACCUGUCACCCGUGCCUCACCUGAAGAUCUGGCUGACUAUUUAUUGAAAUACAACACUAUUAUGGACUCCGAGCAGCGCCAGAGAUACUCUGAGGAUUUCUGUGCGGAAUAUGACGAGUACAUAGACCUUCAUGAGCGCAUAGGAAAAGUUACUCAGAUGUUUGUUCAGCUGGGAUCUAAGAUAAAGACGCUUUCACCUGGGACACAGGAAUAUAAGGUAAUGGAAGAGCAAAUCAUGGAGAAGUAUAGGAAGUAUAAGAAGAAGUUCCCAGGUUACCGGGAAGAGAAAAAGCGCUGCGAGUAUCUCCAUCAAAAACUGUCACACAUCAAAGGUCUGAUUCUGGACUAUGACCAUACGCAGGCUCCUUCAUAGAACCAGGCAUUCCUCUGUCCUCCUGCCCUGUCUGGUCACACGGACCAAAAGACUCCUCAGUGGAAACAAACUAGGACCGGUUGUGGUACCUUGAGCAUGAAACAGGCAAUUCCACUUCUCUGCACAAACUGUGGGUGAUGGUGUGGAGAUUGAGAAACCAAGCCCCAACCAUCUAACAAAGGCCAAGACCUUCAACUAGUGACUUAAGCCCUUUAAAGUUCUUCUCUCUUUUUUCUUUCUUUGUGUGUGUACAAAAGUGUUGCAUUGAAAGGAGUUUGGUUAGACACGAGACACAACCUAAGCCAAAAUAUUUUUCCAUUCCCAUCCAACUGUCGCUUCUAACUUUGGCCCUGAGCUCUGACCUUCGGGGCUCCUUUUAUGGUACAAUCAUGAAGCCUGGACACUGAGAAAUGAUUAUCUUUACUGUGUUUGCUGUCGGUCGGUGAGAGCUUAAGCACAGUUUCUAUUUUGAUAUUGUACUGAAUGUAUAUUUGUAAACUUGUAAGAUCUUGACUUCUAUAAUAGAGGGUUUAAUCACUGGAUAGAAUAAGGGAAGCCUGGAAUUUUCUAGACUCUGGGAUAAUCCUACCAAACUCUGUAGCGUGCAAGGGUGCAAUUUGUCUUAUGAACGUCCAUGUGAAUGAUGGUUUAAAUGUCCAACCUAAACAGCACCAUGCAGUCAAUCUGUCAGCCUUCGUCUUUUCUGUGUAGCUGUAUAAAUCCAAAUUUAAUCUAGAAAUCUUAAACCACUUGAAGGAGCUUGAAGCAUCAAAAUGAAAUAAAAAGACUUAAUCUAUUGUGACAAAUGUACAACAGUGGUCAUAUUCUCAUGAUAAUUUUGUCCAGUGCUCAAACCACUACAGCACACUGUCUUAAAAAUAAUGAUGGUGAUCAUUUAUUCUUGUUAUUAUUAUUAAUGUUGUUAUUCAGUCACUAAACAGCAGAAACAAUCAUGUUUUAAAGCACAUUUAGUUUAUUGGUCAUUUUUUUCCUUUAGUUUUUUUUUUUAAAGAAAAAUGUAUUAAUUGAUGAAAGAACAUAUUCAUUACCUGUCGGAGGAUAUUUUACAUGUUCGAUUUAUUGACAUGGCGCUAUUAGUUACAUUUCUUGAAGUUCUAAUAAGCUUUGAAGGCGACUUCAGCAUUUCUUUGAACCCUAAUAUUUGUUCGGGACAUGUGAAUGAACGUAUACAGUAUGUUUGAUUUCCCUAAAUGUAGUACUUGUUGAAUACAUGGACUAUCUCAGUGGUCUUAUGUUGAAUUUUGAUGACCUAACACAAACACCAAACCUUAUAAAAACGAAGUCUUUCCAAAGUCCCCGUGUCCAUGUAAUUCCUGUCCAUCAGCUGACUGUGCCCGUAGCCUCAUGUACAUUAUGGAAGUAUUUUUGUCACUUUUGCGCUUUGACAUUUCUCUUGUGGAGACUGCUAAUCUGUUAUUUAUGUCACUACAGUGUUAGUUCCUCUAAUCCUUGAUCCUGAUUUGUAAUCUGGCUGGAAAACUGAUAGAUUUGCCAAAAUAGCAUUGCUUUUUAUAUUGUUAACAGUUUGUUUCAUUCUUUCAUGGGGCAACUUCAUGUAUUGAUGUAGAUGCCUUAAAUAAACUGGACCGAAUUAACUUGACACAA